AAUACACUGGGACCUGACCCAAUCGCAAUUCUUUAUAUGCGUGCAUAUAUUUGAUAUUCUCUCUGUAUAUUGUAUCAUUAACUGUUCAUUUUCUAUGCAUCUGUAUCUCUUCCAGCAAAAUAAUAUAUACAAAACAUGAAAAAAUAUUUUAAAGGUCUUGUCAUUAUCGUAAUCACUUGGUGCCCCCCUAUUGGCUGGUGCCCCAGGGCACUCGCCCAAUCCGUCUAUGGAUAAUCCGGCCCUGUUGACGCGCUUAACGCGUGAUUCGCGCGAGUUGAAAAAUCUGAACUUUGGCGAAAAUUCGCGCCGCGUUAACCAAUCAGGAGCUUGCUCUAGUAGUGACGUGAUUAUGACAUAGCGAGCGGCGGGAAUCCGAAACAACAAUGGAGGACAAAGUGAUCGUAGCUGUUUGUGGGCUCCCGGAGCUGUAUGAUACAUCUUCGUAUCAUUACAGAAACAGGAAUAAAAAGGAUCUUACUUGGAGGAAAGUGAGUGAGGAGGUCGGACAAUCUGAGGAAGUGUGCAGAAAGAAGUGGAAGAGUCUGAGGGACACAUAUUUAAAGGAGAGGAGAAAGGACACGGAGAAGAGGAGUGGGUCAGCAGCAGGGUCAGGGAAAAAGUGGAAGUACUCUGCGGUCCUGUCUUUCCUCGACCCCUUCGUCUCCCCACGGGAGACAAGCGGGAAUAUGGAGAGGGGGGAUGAGGAGAAUCAGGCCGCAGGGUACGACCACCCCGAGGACCAGGGCGAGACAGAAGCAGCAGCAGGGCAGUCAGAGACAGAGCCGACUGGUCCUUUUGAUGGUAGUGAGCCUGGGUCCCUUCUGCCAGAACCUGCUGCUGCUUCUGCUUCCCCUGCCGGCCCUUCAACAUCUGCUGCUACUGUGCCCACAGCGCCGCCAAGAAGAAGAGCUCAGAAAAGGCCUAGGGAGCAGCCAUCGGAGGUGGAGCGGCAGCUCCUGGAAGUACUCCGGACCCGUCCUGAAGCUCCAGCACCGCCUCCACGCUCAGAGGAUGAGCUCUUCCUCUUGAGUCUGGUCCCUUCCCUGCAGAAGUUGCCGCCUCAGACAAAAGAUUUCGUAAAAUUUCAAAUUCACAAAUUAAUUUACGAAAGCAGCACAGUUCUGCUUAAUUUGGAACAAUUGGAGCCUCAAUAAAAGUUUUAAAAAAGAGGCAGCAAUCUCUGCAGGGAAUGAACCAGACUUUCUCUCCUUUCUCCACUCCUUCACUUUGGCCCUCACUCUUCCCUCUUCCAAGCAAGAU